GGUGACGACCGUAGGGUCAGGCCCUCGGUCAGGAAUGAUGACUAGGCCUCCUACGCCGCAAGGAAGGCUAGCGCGGGCGGCCCGUACUCGAGGUCAGGCUAAGGCCAGUGCGAGUCAAGAGCCACCCCGAAAGGAACCUGAGCCAGGGAAGAGGAAGGAGACGGUGGAGGUGGAGGAUAAUAACGAAGAUGAAGAGGAGGAUGCGAGGUUGUGCCAGGAAGAAUAUCAAAAGGCGGAACAAAGAGUCAGGAAGAGAGAAAGCCGAGAGGAAACGGAACCAGUUCUACGCGAUGUACCGCCCAAGAAAAAGAAGUAUGCAAUCCGGUUAGAGGAAGGGUUCGACGUGGAGAGGGUGAUCGACAGGCUGCUUGAAGGCCAUAAUGACCUUAUGACCCUCAAGGAGAUCAUGACGUCCGCCCCAAGGCUCCGCAAUGAGCUGAAGGGUAGACUUUCGAGGCAGUUGGUGUCAAAUGUCCACCUCAGUGUGAUUCUGCCAAAGGAGAUGGAAUGGGCAGAACCAAGAACAAAGAUGGACUGGAAGUGUGUGGCCUGCGGUACGGUGGACCUAGUAGUAAUGGGUUCUAAGUGCGCUGCAAUGGUAGAUACAGGGGCCGAAAUGAAUGUUAUCCGAGAAGCUGACGCUAUCAGGUUUGCGCUGGCAAUAGACCGCUCGGAUUGCGGCAUUCUGCAUGGGGCCAAUAACAAGGCCGUGUUUUGCGGGACCGCCUCGAACGUACUGCUGGAGAUUGGAAGGGUAAAGGUCAGGGUGUGCUUCUUUGUAAUGCCAGACGUGGAUCAUGGCAUUCUCCUAGGGAGAUCCUUUCUGUGCAGGACAGAGACCCUAAUGUACAACAAGCAUGACGGAUCGCUUAUCCUGAUCUUAUGUGAUCCAGCAUGUCGAAAUUAUGAGGUCAUUCCUUGCCGAAACACUGGGCCGAGAAGCACAAGGAACAGACCCAAUCCUGACUCUUUCACCAUUGAGGAGUCAGAGGAUGAGCAUCGAAGGCUUAUGGCGGAGCCCGAGGAAGAAAUAGGAGGAGAAGCAUUCUCGCUCAGCUUAUCUGAUGUAAAUAAGGCCAUGGACAUAGUGGCCACUCAUGAAAUGGCGGAUCCAGACGCCAUUCAGGCGCUGAGGGAACAAGUCAUGGAGUAUCCCCAGGUAGGAGAUACGGUUUAUCGGCUUCCAAAGGGGGGAAGGGAUCCUGCUAUGGCAUAGGCGUAGGCGCGAGCAGCAAGUCAUCAUUUUUUAGGGGACGGCUCAAGCAAGGGUCCCAAAGGCGGUACAAGACGAUAGAUAAAAAGUGCUGCCCAGU